GCGGGGCCGGCGUUCCCGCGGGUCGCCGAGACGGGCUGCACUCAGCCCGGCGCUUCCGGCGGGCGGCCCAGCUGCGCGUCCGUCCGUCCAGCGCUCACCAUGGCCGCGCCGGCGCCGCGGGUGCUGCUGCUGCUGCUGCUGCUGCUGCCUCCGGGGGCCCACAGCGAGGUGUGCAUGCUGGCCGGCGGAGACAGCUUCUCCCCCAAGACCUGCCCCGUGUUCUGCUGUGGCACCUGCUCCAGCCAGUACUGCUGCUCCGACAUCCUGAAGUCCGUCUGGAACAAGGAAGGCUGUGCCGACAGUCAGGACAGCUUGGCCAGUGUCAGGAAUAACAUGGUGGAGACGUCGCUGAAGUACACCGACAUAGACACCAACCCCCUGCCAGGGUCCGGGGCCACCAUAGCCAUCGGCCUGACCAUCUUUGUGCUCUUCAUUGUCACCAUCAUCGCGUGCUUCACCUGCUCCUGCUGCUGUUUGUACAAGAUGUGCUGCCCCCCCCGCCCGGUUGUGAACACCACCACGUCCACCACGGUGGUGCACGCCCCCUACCCUCAGCCUGCGAGCGUGCCACCCAGCUACCCCGGGCCGUCGUACCAGGGCUACCACCCCAUCGCCCCCCAGCCAGGGAUGGUGGCGGCACCCUACCCGACACAGUACCCACCCCCGUACCCCGCCCAGCCCGUGGGCCCGCCUGCCUACCACGAGACCUUGGCUGGGGAUGCAGCCAUGGCCUAUCCUGCCAGCCAGCCUCCUUACAACCCAGCCUACAUGGACCCCCCGAAGGCCACCCGCUGAGCGCACUGCAUCUCUGGCUGCCACUUGAUGCGUCGUGCGCGCGCGCGCGCGUGCGUGUGCGUGCGUGCGUGCGUGUGUGUGUGUGUGUGUGUGUCCACGUGUGUGCGUGCUUGUGCGGCUAUGCGGGCACAGCCUUUCAACCCGUGCGGUGUGUGUCCUGUUUGUACACGUGAUGACGACAAGGUGGGGACGAGCCUCACCAGAGUUGCUGGAACCAUCCUUUGUUCUCGUCCUCACUUCAAAUUAUGCUUCCUUGAAAUCCCAAGCAAAACUCAAAGAAUGGGGUGAGUUCCUGGCCAGACCGCCCGGGAGACGGGGGUCGUCACUAGGACAGCCCCGCUUUUUGUGGGCAGCGAGCGCACAUGCUCGGGCUCUGCAGUGGCCAGCCCGCUUGAGGCCAUGCCUGCCCCCAGGUGUGGCCUCCCUCACAGAACAGAGCUCCUGCAGGGCGGUGGGUGGGGCCGGGCUAAGCUGGGUUUUGAUCCCAUCGUUCCCUGGAGCCAGGCCCUGGGACCACCUGGAGGCCGCAUCGGCCUCGGUGCUGGCUGCCCUGGCCCCCGAAACAGGUGGACAGGGUGGCCGCUGUCCACCUACACACUCAGGUGUCCUCCCUGCAGUGUCUUUGUUGUACUUUUAUCCAAACUGUUUUUGUUUUAAAAUGUGACAGUUGCUGAGGCUGAAACCCCUGGGCCCCAGAGGGCAUUGGCCCGGAGGCGAGGGACCAUCUGACGUGACAGUUCCUGUCUCCCUCACACCAGCUCCUGGACCCUCGUCCCAUUAUCCUGGCAGCAGGGACACUGGGCCACCAGCCUCUGAACCAACGUGGGGGGCCCCGGGUGGCCGCUGGCCCAGAUACGAAUACCUCAGUGUCCCCGUCCCUCUGUGACUGUCUCGCCAGUUCUGUCUCAACUUUGUACUGUUGAUGCGUUUCUGAGUCUGGGAGCUGUACCUUGGUUUAUAAUAAAUGCAGACAUUUUGA